ACAUGCUUUAACAAGGCGACGGAUAGGGAUGCAGAGUAAAAAUAUCAAGGCGCCAAUAUUCUAUAAUAUAGACUUGCUGGAAAUUUGUCGCCAUUGUUAGCUAGCUUCUGGGGAAGUCGAGAGCUCAAAGUGUAUCAAGGGCACAGACAUCGUACCUUAUCGGCCAUGGGUUUCAAUGAAGAGGAUAAGGUUGAUAGUGCUAAGAUGCCUCUGUUGCAGCAACAUCUGUGCUCUUCUCCUUCAUCAUCAUCGUCGCCGCCGUCAACUCCACCAACUCAAACUAUGAAGCUCCCCCACAAAAGAACUGGAAACGAAUGGACUGCUUUGGCACAUUUAAUCACAGCAGCUAUAGGCUCAGGUGUGCUAUCAUUAGCUUGGAGCGUGGCACAACUUGGAUGGAUUGCGGGUCCAUUGUCCAUGCUGUGCUUCGCUUGUGUAUCACUUACUUCUGCAUUACUUCUCUGCAACUGCCACAAAUCCACUGACCCAGAGUGUGGUACCAUCCGCCAUGGCUCUUACCUUGUUGCAGUUCAGUCAAUUUUAGGAAAGAAAAAUGCUUGGUUCUGUGCCAUCAUUGUUCAAAUUUACUUCAUCAAGGUUGCAAUUGUGUAUACAAUCACCACUGCUAGUAGUAUCGGAGCAAUUCUCAAGUCUAACUGCUAUCACUAUGAAGGGCAUGAUGCUGCUUGUAGCUAUUCAACUACAAUACAUAUGGUUAUAUUUGGAGCGGUUCAAGUUCUAGUGUCUCAGGUUCGUGAUUUUCAGGACACAAAGUGGCUCUCCGUAGUUGCAGCAAUCAUGUCUUUCACAUAUUCAUUUAUUGGAGCAGGACUAGGCUUAGCAAAAAUAAUUGAGAAUGGAGAAAUAAAGGGUAGCAUUACUGGAUUGCCUUCUGAUAAUGCGGUUGAGAAAGUAUGGUCAGUUGCACAAGCGCUUGGAGACAUUGCCUUUGCUUUCCCAUUCUCUCUUGUUUUCUUAAACAUACAGGAUACAUUGAAGGAAACUCCUCCAGAAAAGGUGACCAUGAAAAAAGCGUCAACAAUAGCGGUCUGCAUUACGACUUUCUUCUACCUAUGUUGUGGAGGGUUUGGUUAUGCAGCCUUUGGCACCAACACACCAGGGAACCUUUUGACAGGAUUUGGUUUCUAUGAGCCAUACUGGCUAGUUGAUAUCGCAAAUGCAGCUGUCAUUGUUCAUCUUGUUGGAGCAUAUCAGGUAUACACCCAGCCAUUUUAUGCAAAUGUUGAGAGCUGGCUUGGCAGGAAAUUCCCAGAGAGUGAAGCUGUACACAGGGAUUAUGAUGUGAAGCUCUUAUUGUUACCAGGUUUUAGGUUGAAUUUAGUGAGAUUGAUUUUCCGAACUGCGUAUGUUGCGACAGUCACUGGAAUCGCAGCGCUAUUCCCCUUCUUCAACCAGGUGGUGGGAGUUGCAGGAGCACUAACCUUUUGGCCAGUUAUAGUGUAUUUCCCAGUGGAGAUGUACCUGAAACAGAAAAGAAUAGAAUCCUGGACGACCAUCAAGAUCGUUCUUCGUACGUUCUCCUAUACAUGCUUGGUUGUCAUCGUAUUCGCCUUUGUAGGCUCUGUUAGAGGGUUGAUAGUUGCCAGAUUCAGCUAGAAACAACUCUCCAUCACUCCCUGAAUGAUGAUGAUGAUGAUUAGUUUUCUUUUUCUUUUUCAUUACACAUGUAUUAUUUGCUGUUAUAUGGAUUGAAUAUAUGAAUUUUUGGACAAAAACCUUCCCUGGCUGUUUUAGAUUGCUUGUCUAUUUGGGUGUUAA